GGGGUCCUCGCGGGGGAAAGCCUUUGCGCGCAGUCCCUCGGCAGCCCGAGCCUGCAGCAGCGCCCGGGCGCCGACCCCAGCAGCCCGGCUCUCCCCAGCACCCGCGCUCCGCGCCCCCGGGCGCCGCGGCUCCGCUGAGAGCAGCGCCUCGAGUCCCCGCGCGUGUCUCUGCCCAGGAACAAAACUAUGUCAGGAAUGGAGCUUUGCUAACCCCGAAAACUCCAAGGAGAACCCUAAACUGGUGGAUUGCCGCAGAUGUAAGCACCGUGCAAACAUCUCAAACCAGUUCAGAUGUGUCUGUUUCCUCACAUUGCAGGUCUAUGGAAAUGCAGGAUCUAACCAGCUCGCAUAGCCGUCUGAGUGGUAGUAGUGAAUCCCCCAGUGGGCCCAAACUCGAUAAUUCUCAUAUAAAUAGUAAUUCCAUGACUCCCAAUGGCACCGAAGUUAAAACAGAGCCAAUGAGCAGCAGUGAAAUAGCUUCAACUACAGCAGACGGGUCUUUAGACAAUUUCUCAGGUUCAGCAAUCGGGAGCAGCAGCUUCAGUCCAAGGCCAGCUCACCAGUUCUCUCCACCACAGAUUUAUCCUUCCAACAGACCAUACCCACAUAUUCUCCCUACCCCUUCCUCACAAACUAUGGCUGCAUAUGGGCAAACACAGUUUACCACAGGAAUGCAGCAAGCCACAGCCUACGCCACGUACCCACAGCCAGGACAGCCGUACGGAAUUUCCUCCUAUGGUACAUUGUGGGCAGGCAUCAAGACAGAAGGUGGACUGUCUCAGUCUCAGUCAUCUGGACAGACGGGAUUUCUCAGCUAUGGCUCCAGCUUUGGUACCCCGCAACCUGGACAGGCACCAUACAGCUACCAGAUGCAAGGUAGUAGUUUUACAACAUCAUCAGGAUUAUACACAGGAAAUAAUUCACUCACAAAUUCCUCUGGAUUUAACAGUUCUCAGCAGGACUAUCCAGCUUAUUCUAGUUUUGCCCAGGGUCAGUAUGCACAGUAUUAUAACAGCUCACCAUACCCAGCUCAUUACAUGACAAGCAGCAACACCAGCCCAACCACACCAUCCACCAAUGCCACCUACCAACUCCAAGAACCGCCAUCUGGCAUCACGAGUCAAGCCGUCACGGAUCCCACGGCAGAGUACAGUACAAUCCACAGCCCAUCAACACCCAUUAAAGAUUCAGACUCUGAUCGAUUACGCCGAGGUUCAGAUGGGAAAUCACGUGGACGAGGCAGAAGAAACAAUAAUCCCUCACCUCCCCCAGAUUCAGAUCUUGAGAGAGUGUUCAUCUGGGACUUGGAUGAGACAAUCAUCGUUUUCCAUUCCUUGCUGACGGGGUCCUAUGCCAACAGAUACGGGAGGGAUCCACCCACUUCUGUUUCUCUUGGACUGCGAAUGGAAGAAAUGAUUUUCAAUUUGGCGGACACACAUCUGUUUUUCAAUGACUUAGAAGAAUGUGACCAAGUUCAUAUAGAUGAUGUUUCUUCAGAUGACAAUGGACAAGAUCUAAGCACAUAUAACUUUGGAACCGAUGGCUUUCCUGCUGCAGCCACCAGUGCUAAUUUAUGCCUGGCAACUGGGGUCCGGGGUGGCGUGGACUGGAUGAGAAAGCUGGCUUUCCGCUAUAGACGAGUAAAAGAGAUCUACAACAACUACAAGAACAACGUGGGAGGUCUGCUGGGACCAGCUAAGAGGGAAGCCUGGCUUCAGCUGAGAGCCGAGAUUGAAGCAUUGACGGACUCAUGGCUGACACUGGCACUGAAAGCCCUCUCCCUCAUUCACUCCCGGACGAACUGUGUGAAUAUUUUAGUAACUACUACUCAGCUUAUCCCAGCCUUGGCGAAAGUCCUGCUAUAUGGAUUAGGAGUUGUAUUUCCAAUAGAAAAUAUUUACAGUGCUACAAAAAUAGGAAAGGAAAGCUGUUUUGAGAGGAUAAUUCAAAGAUUUGGAAGAAAAGUGGUAUAUGUUGUGAUAGGAGAUGGUGUAGAAGAAGAACAAGGAGCAAAAAAGCACGCUAUGCCCUUCUGGAGGGUCUCCAGUCACUCGGAUCUCAUGGCUCUACAUCACGCCUUGGAACUGGAGUACCUGUAAACAGCCACAUGGCACUUUGAAACUGCACAACUACCCCAUGACCAGCGACAAAUUCAACAGGCCUGAGUCUUGUGUCAGCGCUGGACUCCAGAACUUAGUGAUUUCAACAAAUGGAUGUGCAGCUGCUGCCGGUCUUGACCUCUGCCCCCCCUGGUUAAUGGAGGAACACAUCUAUUUCUUCAGAACAGCUGUUGACUCUAGUACUGUGAAUCCAAUGAAAAUAAGCCAUGAGAAUGUUCUAGCACAGCAUACUAUGUCUUUGCCACACUAACUCCUGGUUCAAACCUGUGAAGAAAGGACCUGCAGACACUUUGGUUUUAGUAUUUCCAAUGUGACAUAAGCAGCUUCUUCAAUACAGCAGACUUGAUUGCACAACAAAGACUGACUUGUGUUUCCUGAAUACCAGUGGAGGAAUUUCUCUCACAAAGGAGGUUUUGCGUUUACUUUUUUGGUAUCUCAUAUCCCGGGUAAUCUCUACAUCUCUACUUAUUUAUGAACAGACUUGUCUUCAAACCAGAUUUGCUGAGGUAUAAUUCUCAUUACCAUACAGUUUGCCCACACAGUCUAUUUUCUUUUUGACAUCAACAAUGACUGAAUGGACAAUAAUGUUAAGAAAUAAAGGAUUUUUUUGCCCCAUUAUAUGGCAAGUACUUUGAAUUUUAGCACAUUGCAAAGUAAAGUAUGUCUAAUUUAAACGUAUAAUAUGUACAUCACUGAGACAAUCAUGUACAGAAAGAAUUUUUGGUGUAAAUUUGUAAUAAUGGAUGAUCUUUUACAUGUUAUUUAGGGAAAUGACAUGGAGAGGUAGUAAUGCCUUGAUAGUGAACCUUGAGGCACUACGUGCACAGACUUGUGUGCAAGUGCCUUAGCUAAGUAUUGGGUAUAAAUAUGUAGAUAAUGGGCUUUUUUUUUAUGUUGUCAAGACCAAAAGCAUGGAUGUCAAGUGUCAAUAAGGAUUUUGUUUUCCAAAUCUUUCCCUCCCCACUCAGUUCUAUCUGAGAUCUUGAAUGCUGUUAGGAGGGCCUUGAUAAAAUAACACAAUAGUUUCUUAACUCAAACAAAAUAAAGUCCUCUUACCA